GAGGGGCCUAUCCCCAGACUGGGAGGAGCAGCCAGUUGAGUCAUAGGAGGCAGUGUGGUGUGUUCUCUCCUGGCUGCGUGGGAUCAGUGGCUGGAUGGAGAGUUCGACAGGUUCUUGCCUGUCCUGCACGUCCUUUGCAAUUCCUGGGCCUUCUGGUAGCCUCUGUAAUGCAGUGACCUAUGAUGAUGUGCGUAUUGACUUUACUUGGGAAGAGUGGACUUUGCUGGAUCCUUCCCAGAAGAAUCUCUACAAAGAUGUGAUGCUUGAGACCUACAGGCACCUCACUACUAUAGGAUACAGUUGGGAAGACCAUAAUAUUGAAGAACAUUGUCAAAGUUCUAGAAGACAUGAAAGGCAAGAACUAAGUCAAAAUGGAGAGAGACCUUCUGUACAUACUCAAUAUGUUAAGGCCUUUGCAUUUCCUGGUAAUAUUGAACUGCUUGAAAGAACAAAUACUAGUGAGAAUCCUUAUGAAUGCAAUCAACCUGUUAAAGCCUUUGCAUAUCACGAUCAUCUUCAAAACUGUGAAAAAGUACAUACCAGAGAGAAACCCUGUGAAUGUAAUCAGUUUGAUAAAGCCUUUGCAAAAUACAGUCAUUGUCAAAGGCAUGAAAGAACACAUAUUGGAAAGGAACCUUUUGAAUGUGAUUAUUUUAGUAAAGCUAUUGCACAGCACAGUAAUCUUCAAAGUAAUAAAAGAACACAUACUGGGGAGAAACUCUGUGAAUGUAAGCAAUGUAGUCAAGCCUUUGUAUGUCACAGUGCUCUGCAUUGUCAUAUAAGAACACAUCCUGGGGAGAAACCCUAUGAGUGUAAUCAGUGUGGUAAAACUUUUGCACAUCCCAGUACUCUUCAAGUGCAUAAAAGAAUCCAUACUGGAGAGAAACCUUAUGAAUGUACUCAAUGUGGUAAAGCCUUUGCAGAUCAAAGUACUCUUCAAAGGCAUAAAAGAACACAUACUGGAAACAAACCCUUUGAAUGUAAUGAUUGUGGUAAAGUCUUUGCACAAUACAAUAAUCUGUGUAGUCAUAAAAGAAUACAUACUGGGUACAAACCUUAUGAAUGUAAGCAGUGUGGUAAAGCCUUUGCACGAUACAGUCAUCUUCAAAGGCAUGAAAGAACACACUCUGGAGAGAAACCCUAUGAAUGUAAUCAGUGUGGUAAAGCCUUGGCGGAUCAAAAUAGUCUCCGAGUACAUGAAAGAACCCAUACUGGAGAGAAACCCUUUGUAUGUAAUCAAUGUGGUAAAGCCUUUACAAGUCGCAAUCGUCUUCAAAUACAUGAAAGAUCCCAUACUGGAGAGAAACCCUUUGUAUGUAGUCAGUGUGGUAAAGCCUUUGUAUGUCACACUGCUCUUCAAAGUCAUAAAAGAACACAUACUGGAGAGAAACCCUAUGAAUGUAAUAAAUGUGGUAAAGCCUUUGCUAAAUACAGUCAUCGUCAAAGGCAUGAAAGAACACAUACUGGAAAGAAACCUUUUGAAUGUAAUGAUUGUGGUAAAGCCUUUGCACAGCAAAGCAAUCUUCGAAAUCAUAGAAGAACACACACUGGGGAGAAACCCUAUGAAUGUAAGCAAUGUGGUAAAGCCUUUGUAUAUAACAGUGCUCUUCAAUGUCAUAUAAGAACACAUACAGGGGAGAAACCCUAUGAAUGUAAUCAGUGUGGUAAAGCCUUUGCACAUCCCAGUACUCUUCAAAUGCAUAAAAGAACCCACACUGGAGAGAAACCAUAUGAAUGUAUCACUUGUGGUAAAGCCUUUACACGUCUCAGUAUUCUUCAUAUUCAUAUAAGAACCCAUACUGGAGAGAAACCCUAUGAAUGCCAUCAAUGUGGUAAAGCCUUUAAAGAUCAAAGUACUCUUCAAAAUCAUAAAAGGACCCAUACUUAAGAGAAACCCUAUUACUGUUAAUGAUUGUGGUAAAAACCUUUGCAUGCCUCAGUACUCUUCAAAUGCAUAAAAUCACAUAAAGAAGCCCUGUGUAUGUAAUCAAUUUGGUAAAGCCUUUGAAUGUCACAGUAGUCUUCAGAGGCAUAAAAGAACACUUAUUGAAGAGGAAACCUAUAAAUGUAAUCAGUGCAGAUGAGCUUUUGAUUGUCACAAUUGUUACUGAAAGUAUGAAAUCAAACUAUACUGCAGAGAAACCCUGUUUAUGUAGUUAGUAUGAUUAAUCCUUUCUAUGUCAUAGUACUCUUGAAAUGUCUAAAUGAACACAUACUGGAGAGCAACCCAUUGAAUGUAAUCAGUGUGGUAAAAUCUUUGCAUGUGUGAGUUUUCUUCAAAAUCAUGAGAAAGUUUUAGGGGCAGAACCAGAGCCAAAGAAACACACUCUACCCUUGACCAAGUGAGCACAAACAAACCAAUUCGUGAGCUUGAAUCCAACCAAUCUCUGAGCACAAAAUCCAGGUGAUCUCUGAAUGUGUUCAAUCUCAGGGAUUGAUGUCUGACCAAUUCCCACCCUGAAAAUGUUCUGCCCCUAAGAAUUGGUAUAGAAGGGCUGUUCAGUUGGCAACUGCUCUUUUCCAUCCAGGCAGAGGCAACCAUUCUCCUGGAUUCCUCCCUCAUAAAUAAAUCUCACGAAUAAGUUUUUGGUAAAGACCUUUUGCGAGAGUAGAUCAGAAACUCACUAGUGGAUUGGAGCAAAGAAGCAAUGGACACCUGUUGGAAAACUUUCUUAAUGGAGUGGAGUUGAAGAAACAACUUUUCCCUGGAGACCACUAUGUUUCUGCAGCAGUUUUCCCCUUACUUAACUGAAGCAGAGAAGUAACAAUUUCGGCUAGAGAUGAGAAGAAAUGGACAUUACUGCUGGGAAACUGCAUUAGGGAGUAGAGCAGAGCAGCAGUGGACAUCUCUUCUGGGAAAUACUCUUAUCAGAGUAGAGCAGAGCCCAGCUGUAAUGGCAGGAAAUAGACAUUAAAUUAUUCUUCUACACUGAUUUGUGAUUUUGCAUUAGUGGCACUGGGAUUACCUGAUACCUACAAGGGAAGAUGAGACUUUGCAAAGCCAUAGAAUGAGAUUACCUCCUUUUGCCAAGACAGAUCUAUCAUUUGGGGCCUCUCUGUUUGAAAGAAUUAUCAGUGGCUGGAUUGUCAGAAACCUAACAGUUUAAUGGUCACUGAGUUAAUUAUGUGGGAUUUGUGAUGGCUCUGUUAAUUUCUAUACACAUAGAAUUAUAGGUAGUUGGGUAACAUUGGUCAAGAUCACACUUUUCCUGGCUGAGUUUCCUUUGGUCUUUUGAUUAAAAGUUUACUGUACUUUUCUGCUUUUGUUAUAGGCUCUUUCUUUCUCCUUUAUUCUUUCACAAAUGUUGUACAUAUUCUUGAAAAUUGUAGCUUGUAGUAAAUAUAGAAGUCACAUGGUAUCACUAUGUGUAUUAUAUUUUCAUAAUCUUAUUGAGCAUUCUAAGUGCUUCCACUUUGCAUGUAGCAUUGGAAUCAGGAAUCCUAUGAUAAAUUGUUGAGAAUUUUU